AAGGUUCUAAAAAAUGUGAUAUGUGCAUAAAAAAAAAUAUUGAUUGUAUAAUAUACAAACCGAAAUUAAAAGACUUGGAAAUAAAAAGAUUGUAUAAAUUAGUAAAAAAUCAGGAGGAAGAAAUUUCAACUCUUAAAAAACGAUUG